UCCAUACCAGUGGGCCUAUGGUGGGCCAUCGUCACCAUGACAACAGUGGGGUACGGGGAUAUGACCCCCAAAACCUACCUCGGCAUGUUGGUGGGAUCAGUCUGUGCCCUAACUGGAGUUUUAACUAUCGCACUACCCGUUCCUGUGAUCGUCAGCAAUUUCGCCCUUUUUUAUUCCCACACCCAAGCCAGGGCCAAACUGCCUAAACGAAGAAGAAGGGUCUUGCCAGUUGAGGCUGUGCGGCCGAAAAUGGGUUCAAGAGGUCAAGGAGGUGCUUUCGUACGGGUCACCGGGCGUUAUCACAAUCAGCGGCAGCAGCAGCAGCACGAGCCACGAAGAAAUGAGGCACAAGUGUACAGUUCAUUUAAAGGUUGGUCAGUCGGUUGGUUCAUUAGUAUUUAUAUUAUGUUUGACUUAAGAUUUUUUUAUUCAAAUCCAUGUGAUGAAGAUGAUGAUGAGGACGGUGAUUCAGAUGAGUACAAAUAUUAUUAUGACGACGGUGAAAAUAUUAACAAAAAUUAUAUUUAUGAUGAUAAUUAUGACAAUAAUUUCAAUUGCAAAUGCCACUUAUAA